AUGGAUGAUAAAAAAAUGAUGAUACAUAGUGAUAUAGAUCCUUUUAGAUUUGGAUUGUAUGAGAAUUGGAGGGCAAAGAUCGAAGACUUUGAGUUGGCAGUAUUCCUGCCUCCAAAUCAAAAAGACGAAGCUCUAUGUAAAAGAACAUAUUUUAAGUCAACAUGGCACGUGGAUCCAGAAUAUGCGAAGACUGGUAAGCUAAAAAGAGAGUCGGAUGUAUAUAGCUUUGGAGUAGUUAUGUUUGAAAUUCUAUGCAGAAGAAAAGCUCAGGACCAAAUUUACCUUAAGCAGAGUGAGAAAGGGCUGGUUCAUGUUGCAAGACAAAACUUCUCCAAUGGGACAAUAGAGGACAUCAUAGAUCCUAUACUAAAGGAAGAAACCAGUAAACGGAGUCAUAGGCCAAUUGGAGGAGCCAAUAAGGAUUCUUUGUACACAUUUUUAAAAGUUGCAAACCAGUGUGUGGCGGAGAGUCAAGACCAACGUCCAACAUUGAAAGUUGUUCUUAAUGAACUUGAGCAAGCAUUGGUCUUUCAAGUAAGUCAGGUAUCGUCUUUAGACAUCAAUCUCGUUGAUAUCUUAUCAUCUAUUAUAUUAUCAAUUAUUUCAUUGUUUUAUAGUUUUCCUUAG